UGGUACUGGCACUGACCCUGUAUAUAGCUUCCUGUCUGUGGUACUGGCACUGACCCUGUAUAUAGCUUCCUGUCUGUGGUACUGGCACUGACCCUGUAUAUAGCUUCCUCUCUGUGGUACUGAACACUGACCCUGUAUAUAGCUUCCUCUCUGUGGUGCUGACACUGACCCUGUAUAUAGCUUCAUCUCUGUGGUACUGGCACUGACCCUGUAUAUAGCUUCCUGUCUGUGGUACUGAACACUGACCCUGUAUAUAGCUUCCUCUCUGUGGUGCUGACACUGACCCUGUAUAUAGCUUCCUGUCUGUGGUACUGAACACUGACCCUGUAUAUAGCUUCCUCUCUGUGGUGCUGACACUGACCCUGUAUAUAGCUUCAUCUCUGUGGUACUGGCACUGACCCUGUAUAUAGCUUCCUGUCUGUGGUGCUGGCACUGACCCUGUAUAUAGCUUCCUGUCUGUGGUACUGGCACUGACCCUGUAUAUAGCUUCCUGUCUGUGGUACUGAACACUGACCCUGUAUAUAGCUUCCUCUCUGUGGUGCUGACACUGACCCUGUAUAUAGCUUCCUGUCUGUGGUACUGGCACUGACCCUGUAUAUAGCUUCCUGUCUGUGGUGCUGGCACUGACCCUGUAUAUAGCUUCCUGUCUGUGGUGCUGGCACUGACCCUGUAUAUAGCUUCCUGUCUGUGGUGCUGGCACUGACCCUGUAUAUAGCUUCCUGUCUGUGGUGCUGGCACUGACCCUGUAUAUAGCUUCCUGUCUGUGGUGCUGGCACUGACCCUGUAUAUAGCUUCCUCUCUGUGGUGCUGGCACUGACCCUGUAUAUAGCUUCCUGUCUGUGGUGCUGGCACUGACCCUGUAUAUAGCUUCCUCUCUGUGGUGCUGGCACUGACCCUGUAUAUAGCUUCCUGUCUGUGGUGCUGGCACUGACCCUGUAUAUAGCUUCCUCUCUGUGGUGCUGGCACUGACCCUGUAUAUAGCUUCCUGUCUGUGGUGCUGGCACUGACCCUGUAUAUAGCUUCCUGUCUGUGGUACUGAACACUGACCCUGUAUAUAGGAUCGUCUUUUAUAUCUUAUUUCUCGUGUUUUUUUGUGGUUGUUUUUUUAAUAGUUGUUUUACCAAUUGGUAUUGAAUACAGCACUGUUGGGUAGGGAUUGCAACUUAAGCACUGUACUUGUUACCAAUAAAAUAAAAUAUAUAUAUAUUUUUUUGCAAAUACUGUAACCAAUGGAACUUUCUGAACUAGAAAUGUCUCAGUGUAAUUCAAUACAUGUAGAGAUACAAAUAAGAUGGAAGUUAAAAAAGAAAAUAAGAACAACACUCUGCUUAAUGGGAGUAAGAGCUGAGUGUCAGGGACUGGUACUGACCUAGAACCUGGUAAUCCCACGGGGAUGUUGUGUGUGUGCCUGAGUCUCCAGGAAGCCUUAUUGUCAAGGGCUUAAUCUGCUGAAGGAGACGGAGGUUUACAGAGACUUACUCUGUCCACUUCCACCUCCUCUCUAACAGCAGUUUAGAUCAUCUAGUGUUUGACUGACUGACUCUCUGGCUGGACGCACAGACAGCCAGUCCUGCUGCAUCGUCAGCUAUCCUUCAGUUUCUGCAGUGGCCCGGGAUCGAUCCUUAGUGAUUUCACUGCCUUGACUCACCACAUGAACCUUUUAGAUCAGGGAUCCACCUGAAGCUCUUGAAGUUUUCUUGUGAACCGUCAAGCAGGACUAGAGACAUAUUUCAAGCCAGGACAGGAUACUGAACAGGGACCUAAAGGGAAUCAGGUGGGACCCAACAGUGACUCGCGACCCUCCGGUUUGGGAAUCAUUCGUUGACUGGACGUAAGGCAGGACCUUGGGCCUCCAGUCCUGUCUCUUCUCUCCUCUCUUUCCUUCAGCCUGUGGAGUAACUGGGCCUCAGGAUGGAGUGCAUAAAACACAUUAUAAAGAGCAUGGUCUCUGUGACGGUUUGGGCAUACAUCAAGGGCUACUGUAAACGCAACGGGCUGCUGACGCUCUCGGUCAUCGCCGUUGUUUCUGGCUGUGUGCUCGGAUUCUCCCUCCGCAGCUUCAACCUCUCCACGCAGGCUAAGAUCUACUUCUCGUUCCCUGGAGAACUGCUGAUGAGGAUGUUGAAGAUGCUGAUCCUGCCUCUCAUCACGUCCAGUCUGAUGUCGGGGCUGUCAGCCAUGGACACUAAGGCCAGCGGGCGGCUGGGGGUGCUAACCAUCACUUACUACCUGUGGACCACCUUCAUCGCUGUCAUCGUCGGCAUCAUCCUGGUGCUGGUCAUCCACCCUGGUACGGGCACAGAGAAGGACGGGCACAGAGGAGGGUCAGGGCCCGUUAUGACUUCUGCUGACGCUCUGCUGGACCUCAUCAGGAACAUGAUUCCCUCCAAUCUGAUAGAGGCAACUUUUCAACAGUACCGUACAGACCUGGUGCCCAUAGUGGCCUCCAGUUUGGUGGAGUCCCAGGCCAACUACGUCUACGUGAUGCCCGACCACAACAACCCUCAGCUGGGCCACCCGGUCUUCCUGGAGAUCACCCCAGCUCCAGACAUCAAGUACAAGAUCAUCCCUGGCCACAGCUCUGGCAUGAACGUACUGGGGAUUGUCAUCUUCUCUGCUACUAUGGGUCUGCUCCUGGGGAAGAUGGGCGAGAGAGGCGCUCCAUUGGUCAAUGUGUGUCAGUGUGUCAACGAGUGUGUUAUGAAGAUCAUCAAUGCUGCCAUGUGGUAUUUCCCUUUUGGCAUUGUGUUCCUGGUAGCAGGGAAGAUCCUGGACAUGCAUGACCCCGCCCACCUGGGAGAGAAGCUGGGGAUGUACUUCAUCACAGUGUUAGCCGGCCUGUUUGUCCACGGACUCAUCCUGCUGCCGCUCUUCUACUUUGUAAUCACACGCAAAAACCCCUUCACCUACAUCAGAGGCCUGCUACAGGCUCUGGUCAUCGCCCUGGCAACCUCCUCCAGUUCUGCCACCCUGCCCAUCACCAUGAAGUGUCUGUUGGAGAACUGUGGAGUGGACAGACAGAUCGCCAGGUUUGUCCUUCCAGUGGGAGCCACCAUCAACAUGGACGGGACAGCCCUCUACGAGGCCGUGGCAGCCAUUUUUAUCGCUCAGGUCAACGAGUACGAACUGGACUUUGGUCAGCUGGUCACCAUCAGUAUCACAGCGACAGCGGCCAGUAUCGGGGCUGCUGGGAUUCCGCAGGCGGGCCUGGUUACCAUGGUGAUUGUCUUGACCUCUGUGGGGCUUCCUCCCGCUGACAUCACACUGAUCGUGGCCAUCGACUGGGUCCUGGAUCGUUUCAGGACCAUGAUCAAUGUGUUGGGAGACGCUCUGGCUGCAGGCAUCAUGUGUCACCUCUGUAAGAAGGACUUUGAGAGGAGGGAGUCAAACGCUAACUCUGCCCGGAGGGACACAGUGAUCUCCUUCGGUGGCCAGAGUGUCCAGAGUUGUGCCCUGUCCGAGGCUCCUCUCAUGGACUAUGCCCAUCGCUGUGACUAUGUCUACGAGGUGGAAGGCGACUGUGUCACAGAGAAAUCUGGCCCCACCUACAACCUGUGUCAGGUUUAGGAGAAACCCGUUCCCUGUUACAAUCUUUGUAACCUUUGUAACAAAGAAACCGGUCCCCUUCUACAUGCAGUGUCACAAACAAACCCGUCCCCUGCUACAACCUGCGUCACAGACAAACUCUGUUUGGUCUGAGACACUUUCCCUGGACAGACAGCAGGGGGCGCUGCCCGCCUUCAACAGAGACCUUUCUAUUCACAUGAAUAUACAGAGUUGUCCUGAUAUCAAUGGCUUUGGACUGGGGAAUUACAAUGGGACUGGGAAACAACCCUGCACUGAAACAGAGUUCGCACUUUUCUGAUGUGCAUUUAUCAGGAGUUGACUAUAAUGUCCUCUGAUGGAUCAGUUGGCUGAUGGUGUGCUCACACCACUAAGUCACUUUGGUUAGUGUCUGGUAAAUGUUCAACAUUUUACUGUCUGAUGAUCACACCUGUGCCAUGAUGAGGAAGCAGGUUUUCCUCAUCGUUUUGUGACUGGCUAGGCUACUGUAACCUACCAGUGACAGGGACUUAUACAGUAGGUCCACUAGGGUGCACGUUAUGUCCGAGUCAGUUUUCCUUCUUUAGCUCAAUGCAGAGUCUGCUCAGGACACCAUUUUGCUUCCAUAAUGUACUGCAGUGCAGCACAUUUUCUAGGCAACCAGGUGGCAUUAUGGACACCAUUUUGGUUCAAUAUACUGGGGACUGUAAAGAUAGAUGGCAAUAACUUUCACAGAGUUUUUUGAAACCUUGUUUGGUAUCAGAAUGGCUAUGGAUACUUGCAUGAAGAUACAAUGUUUUAGGGCAGGAGUAUUCAACUCUGACCCCAUGAGGUCCAGAGCCAGCUGGUUUUCUGUUCUACCUGAUCAUUAAUUACACCCACCUGGUGUCCCAGGUCUAAAUCAGUCCCUGAUUAGAGGGGAACAACGAAGAAAAUGCAGUGGAACUGACUUCGAGAUCCAGAGUUGAGUUUGAGGGUUCUAGAGAUAUAGAACGGUAGUUUAACACACAACUGUGAGUAUGAAUAUUGUUUAUUUAGUAAUAGUUUUUUUUAUAUGGUUUAAACUUAAAUGUUGCACUUGCACAUUUUUCAUUUUUAUUUUGCAGUCAGGUUUUGGAGUUGCCUUAAAAUGUUCUCAAUAACCAGUCACCGUUGCUGAGAAUGUUGCAACCAUGAAAGUGCUGAAAUUGAUAGGAUUUUAUACUGAAAAUGAGUUUAAACAUAGUGACUAUGGGUAAAACCCCUCAUUGCUACCUCUUGUCAACUGAACUAUAACAAAUACAGAACGGAUAACUGAUAUUUCAAUGUCUUAUUGGUAGAUUUACAGUAGAUUUCACUGUGAUGUACAUCUUUCAACACCUAGGAUCUUGAAGAAACUCCUCAAAACGUUUUUUAUAGAAAUGAAACAUUUGUGUACAUGCAAGAUACUUGUACAGUUAUUUUCUAAUCCAAUUUGAAGUGUAAUGAUUUGAGCAUAACAUUUCCCCCACCCCUUCCUCACAGUACACACAAUAAGCCAAAAGGAUGAUCCUGCUGAGCCUUAAAGCUUUCAGAUAUUUUAUUCAAUGUAAUUGUGUGCUAGACAGGUUCUGAACAGGCCUUCCUUCAAAACCAAACAGGAAAUCAAAAUGAAUCCAUUCAUAAAGUCAAAAGGAAAAAAAACUCCCAACACGAAGAAUUUACAAACAUGUAAAACUACAUAAGUCAAAUAAAUUACAUCUUUGUGCCUCUGCUGUUGCAACGUUCUUCCAUCUCUCCCACAUAAAUUAAGGCUAAAAACAGAGGUUAAUCAUAAUCCAGUUAUUCUUGUAACCUCACUAGCAUUUCAACAUAGUAGCACUCUGAGAAGCAAGAGCUGAUUAGUAGAACUCAAUAGAAAAAUAUCAAAAGGAUGAGAACAAAAAGUCAAGCAAGUGAACCACUCCCCCUCUAGUGCCGUUUCCAGUUCAGAAUAACCACUCUCUGGUAACGUUUCCAGUUCAGAAUAACCACUCUCUCUCUAGUGCCGUUUCCAGUUCAGAAUAACCACUCCCCCUCUAGUGCAGUUUCCAGUUCAGAAUAACCACUCUCUGGUAACGUUUCCAGUUCAGAAUAACCACUCUCUGGUAACGUUUCCAGUUCAGAAUAACCACUCUCUCUCUAGUGCAGUUUCCAGUUCAGAAUAACCACUCUCUGGUAACGUUUCCAGUUCAGAAUAACCACUCUCUCUGGUAACGUUUCCAGUUCAGAAUAACCACUCUCUCUGGUAACGUUUCCAGUUCAGAAUAACCACUCUCUCUGGUAACGUUUCCAGUUCAGAAUAACCACUCUCUAGUACCGUUUCCAGUUCAGAAUAACCACUCUCUCUCUGGUAACGUUUCCAGUUCAGAAUAACCACUCUCUCUCUGGUAACGUUUCCAGUUUAGAAUAACCACUCUCUAGUACCGUUUCCAGUUCAGAAUAACCACUCUCUCUCUGGUAACGUUUCCAGUUCAGAAUAACCACUCUCUCUCUGGUAACGUUUCCAGUUUAGAAUAACCACUCUCUAGUACCGUUUCCAGUUCAGAAUAACCCCUCGCUAGUAACGUUUCCAGUUCAGAAUAACCACUCUCUAGUAACGUUUCCAGUUCAGAAUAACCACUCUCUAGUAACAUUUCCAGUUCAGAAUAACCACUCUCUCUAAUACCGUUUCAGUCUGGUUUCUAGGCUGUUCCCAGAAC